AUGACUUCAAACAUGGACCCAACUACAUUCAAGUCGGUGCAGUAUUACACCUCAGAAGAUGGCAAAGUUGCCUACAUCACCUUGAACCGACCAGAUCAACACAAUGCCAUUGACCAGCACAUGCCGCUCGAAAUACGCGGCGCUGUUCGAAUCGCCAAUGCGGACCCCCACGUUCACUGCAUCGUCCUCAAGGGCAAUGGUCGCGGUUUCUGCGGCGGGUAUGACCUCAAGAUUUACGCCGAGAGUGCUCAGCGCGGCCAGACAGAGGGCAGCCAGGAUCUAAGUCGGGGUUACGAACCCUUCCAGGACUAUAUGCUGAUGAAGGAAUGCACCAACUGCUACUCGGAGCUAUUCCGCAGUCACAAGCCGACAAUUGCGCAGGUGCACGGAGCGGCCGUUGCAGGUGGGAGCGACAUCGCGCUCUGUUGCGACCUCGUCGUUAUGGCGGACGACGCUCGCAUAGGGUACCCUCCGAGCAGAGUCUGGGGAUGUCCGACGACUGCGAUGUGGGCGUACCGCGUCGGCGCAGAGAAGGCGAAAAGAAUGCUGUUCACGGGCGACCUCAUCAGCGGCUCGGAGGCUGCUGCAAUGGGUCUGGUGCUCAAGGCCGUGCCAGCAUCGCAGCUGGAAGACACAGUGAACUUGCUCGUCGAGCGGAUCAAGACAGUUCCGAUCAAUCAACUGUGGAUGCAGAAGCAGGUCAUCAACAACACGAUGGAGUGUUCUAUUGAGUCUAGCCAAAGGCUUGCCACUGUCUUUGACGGAAUCACAAGAAACUCGCCUCAAGGCGUUGAGUUCCAAGAGCUCGCGCGACAACAAGGCUUCAAGGCGGCGGUGUCAUCACGAGAUGAACCCGGAAGAACAAAUGAGUACAGAAAAGUGUGGAAGAGCGUUCUUUAG